AUGGAUUUUUUAAGCAAUAGUCUAUCUGGAAGCAUUCCUCCAUCAAUCUGUUUAUUACCAUAUCUCGAGUCAUUGCAUUUGAGUAAUAAUAAUCUAUCAGGAGGACUCCCUUUAUCCCUGAAGGGUUGUAGGAGCUUAGUUACUCUUGAUCUUGGACAGAAUGGAUUCAGUGGUGUGAUACCUACUUGGAUAGGAGAAAGUUUGUUGUCAUUGAAGAUCCUUCGCUUGCGAUCAAACAAGCUUGUUGGAAAUAUUCCUCCUAACUUAUCAACACUAAAUGCUCUUCAAAUCCUGGAUCUUGCUAAUAACAAUUUAUCAGGAACCAUUUCUUCAGGCUUUGGGAACUUCACCGCCAUGAAAGUGUUACGGAAGACAUAUGGGCCCAUUUUAAGUUAUUAUAAACACUAUGAAAAUUUGCAAGUGACCAUAAAAGGAACAGACAUUGAGUAUGCCAUAUUCCUUUCACUUGUGAUCGCUAUGGACCUUUCAGACAAUAACUUGUCUGGAAGAGUUCCAACAGGUAAUCAGCUUCAAACCUUCACAGACCCGUCUAUCUACGCUGGUAAUCCUAGUCUUUGUGGGUUCCCAUUAACUCAAAAAUGCAAAGAUGCCGAGACAAACGAAGGUCCAAAUGCUCCUGAAGGGGAUGAACAAAAUGACAAUGCCAUGAAUGAAGACGGAUCUGAAAUGAAGUGGUUGUAUAUGAGUAUGGGGCUAGGAUUUGUCGUAGGUUUAUGGGCUAUUUUUGGUCCAUUGUUAUUCAACAGGAAAUGGAGAGAAGCCUAUUUUCAACUUAUAGAUCAUGUUUAUGAUAUGGUAUAUGUGGCCCUUGCAGUGAUUUUCACCAGGUUUAAAGAGCACAUCAUUGCAGCAUGA